UUAAUCGAUGUCUGCGUGUAAGUUGCAAUAAGGAUAAUUGCAUCCAUCAUCCGUAGUACCUUUGAUCUGGUCCAAUUACUAGUAGCUAGCCCUUUAAAUUCUUGAUAAUUUGGAGGCAUCUUCAUCCAACCUUUGAGAUUAUUCAUCCUUCAUUCAUUAUCUCUGGAGCUGGACUUAUCCGGUUCUCAGGUUAGUUAGUUCUUUCGAGAUUUUUGCAUUCUGUCAAGUCCGGCAAAAUGAGGGGUGCAGUGCUUGUAGCUAUUGCUGCAUCCAUUGGUAAUAUGUUGCAAGGAUGGGACAAUGCGACCAUUGCAGGGUCCAAUCUUUACAUAAAGAAGGAAUUCAGUUUGGAAAGUCAACCGACUAUAGAAGGUUUAAUUGUAGCAAUGUCACUAAUCGGAGCUACGAUUAUUACUACAUGCUCUGGACCAAUGUCAGAUCGAGUUGGCCGUCGUCCGAUGCUGAUACUCUCAUCAUUUCUCUAUUUUCUCAGUGGUCUGCUCAUGUUAUGGGCUCCCAAUGUUUACUUUCUCCUUUCGGCAAGACUUAUAAAUGGAUUUGGAAUUGGUUUGGUUGUUACUCUUGUUCCUGUUUAUAUAUCUGAGACUGCUCCUCCAGAAAUAAGAGGAUCAUUAAACACUCUUCCACAAUUCAGCGGGUCUGGUGGAAUGUUCUUGUCGUACUGUAUGGUCUUUGGGAUGUCAUUGAUGGCUUCACCUAGCUGGAGGUUGAUGCUCGGUGUCCUUUCUAUUCCUUCUCUCAUUUAUGUUGUAUUAACAGUAUUUUUCCUUCCCGAAUCUCCGAGAUGGCUUGUAAGUAAAGGGAAAAUGCUCGACGCUAAACAUGUUUUGCAGAGACUGAGGGGCACAGACGAUGUAGAAGGUGAAAUGGCGUUGCUGGUCGAGGGACUUAAUUUUGGAGGUGAAAUAUCAUUUCAAGAAUUCAUUAUAGUCCCAGGUAAGGACGUCAGUGAUGAUGAAGAAGAUACCACCGCUUCUAAAGACCAACUAAAGCUAAUUUCACCAGAGGAUGGCCUUCAUUGGGUUGCAAAGCCUGUCACUGCUCUUCAAUCCCGCCAGGGGAGUAUGGAGAGCCAAGGUAUCCCACUUAGGGACACUAUGGUCACCCUCUUCGAUAGUAUCCACGAGAAGUGUCCUGAGCAAGGACACGUUCUGUUUUCCUGUGGUAGCAUGAUGAAUGUGCCAGAACAUCGUGAACAGUAUGAUGAAGAAAGCCAGAAGGGUGAUGAGGAACAUGCAGGUGGUACACCAGUUUCUGAUUUUGAUGACAAUAUGCGGAGCCCAUUGUUGCUUUCACGUCAGGCAACAACCAAUGGUGAACAAAUCGGUAUAGGUGGUGGUUGGCAAUUGGCCUAUAAAAGGACUGAAAAGGAAGGUGAAGACGGAAAAAUAGAAGAAGAGUUUAAGAGAGUUUAUUUGCAUCAAGAGGAUGUCUCUGAAUCUCACCGUAAUUCACUUAUUUCGCUUCCUAUCUGUGACAUUCCGGAAGAUACCGAGUACGUCCAUGCCGCUGCUUUGGUGGGCAAGUCUAUGAUUCAUCCAUCUGAAGCAGCUUCAAAACAACCAGGGUGGAGCGACCUUUUUGAGCCAGGAGUCAAGCAUGCAUUACUGGUCGGAAUUGGGCUUCAAAUACUUCAGCAGUUCUCUGGCAUAAGUGCGGUUCUCUAUUACAGCCCUCAGAUUCUUAAGCAGGCAGGUGUUGGAGUUCUGAUUUCCAACAUGGGCAUUGGUCCUGAUUCUGCGUCUAUCCUUAUUAGUGCUCUCACAACCUUCUUGAUGCUUCCUUGCAUAGUCGUUGCUAUGAGGCUUAUGGAUAAUUCAGGAAGAAGGAGCUUGUUGCUUACCACAAUUCCUGUACUGAUUGUGUCGCUGGUAAUUCUGGUCAUUUCCAACCUCGUAGAGAUGAACUCUGUCAUUCACGCUGCAAUAUCAACCACAGGUGUUGUUGUCUAUAUAUGUUCCUUUGUCAUGGGUUUCGGACCGAUCCCGAACAUACUCUGCUCAGAAAUAUUUCCUACUAGGGUCCGAGGUCUCUGCAUUGCAAUAUGUUCCCUGGUAUUUUGGGCAUCAAACAUCAUCGUCACUUACACACUCCCUUUGAUGCUCAACUCGAUUGGCCUGGCUGGUGUCUUUUCUAUCUAUGCAGUUGUGUGCAUUAUAUCCUUGGUAUUUGUUUUUCUAAAGGUUCCUGAAACCAAGGGUAUGCCCCUUGAAGUGAUAAGUGAAUUCUUUGCAGUUGGUGCAAAGCAACAAGCAGAGAAAAAUAACUGAUGCUGCUGCCAGAGACACUAGCACACUUCCAAUAUGGACUUCCACAUGGUCGUUGCAUGAGAAUUCGCUAAUACUAGAAAUGAGCAAAAAGUUUUGAACUUAUAUCACUUUCUCAACUUUUUCAUGUGACAGUUGCUUUUCCCCCUCAUGUAUAAUUAUGGUUUUCUUUUUCAUUUUUGGUUUCAAAAAAAGUUCAAAAUGCAAUUUCUAACAGUGCAAAUCUUUAUUACUGAAAUAUUAGAGACAAUCUAUUGUAAAUCCAAAUUAAUACAAACAGAAGAACCUCAAGUCCAUGUAUGGGCAUGUGAAUUGAUUCAAAAAACAUCGAAUAUACAAGUAUCUGCAUUUCAAGUACACAAAACUUCAACUGAUACAACAUUGAGAUUUCUAUUAACAAAAUAACUUCUUCUCUUCUACAUUAACCAAUGUUUGCGCCGAUCAACAAUUAUAUUCGGAAUAGAAGUAUCGAGUGAAUAAUAAAGGAAACUAAGUGAUCCAACUAUACAGA